GAGGGGGAGGGGGCGUGGCCUCGGGGGCCCCUCCCCGGUGACGUCACCGGGUCCCAAAAUCCCCGCGGGGCCCCAAACUGGGGGAGCCGCGGCCGUCCCAGUAGCGCCCAGUUCAGGUGAGGCCAAAAUGGCCCCCAUGGCCCCCGCCUCAGCGGCGCCUCCGGACCGAGAUCGCUUCUACUACGAUUACGACUCCCUCCGGCUCGGGGGUCUCGUCGUCGCCGCCGUUUUCUUCGUGCUCGGGAUCCUCCUCAUCCUCAGCCGUCACUGCCGCUGCAAGUUCGACCAACAGCCCAAGACGGGUGAACCGGACGAGGCCGAGGGGCCCCUCAGGCAAUCCAUGAGACGUUUAUCCACCGCAUGA